UCGUCGUCCUCGGCCGACACGUCUACGCCGCCGCCGCCGCCUCCUCAUUUCCGAUUUCCUCUCCUCCCUUCUUCCUCAUAGUUUCGCGAUCAGGGCUCGGGUUCGUUCCUCGAGAUCACAGGUUGCGGAAGAGAUUGCGUGAGACCGGAGUUCUAGGGUUUCCACGCGGAUUUCUUGGGCGGUUCUUUUCGGGCCUUUUCUCUCUCUCUCUCUCUCUCUCUCUCUCUCUCUCUCUCUCUCUCUCUCUUCUUUGUUUGUUUGGGAGGGUCUCUGAUGGUUCAUUUGGCGAGUUACGGCAAGCUGCAUUCGGAGGCCGAGCUGCCGAUCAAGAAGAGACUACCGCCGCCGCAGCCGCAGCCGCCGUCGUCCAAGGUGAAGUUGGAGAUUGAGGACCAAUUGGAGGACCAGCAUGGGCCGCUCAACAAGAGACCCAAGGUUGCUGAUCCUCAUCUCCAGCAGCAGUGGGGAACAGGAAAAGAUAUGCCUCUAACAGAGGGUGUUCAGUAUGAUCUACUUGAUGAGCCAAGUCCACUGGGACUUCGCCUGCGAAAGAGUCCAUCACUGCUGGAUUUGAUUCAGAUGAGAUUGUCUCAAGCAAAUGCGGCUGUUACUUCACACAGCAUGGAAAAUGAAGGCUUGGGGGAUGAAAAAAAGAAAGAAACUAGGUCAAGCAGUGCUCUGGCUACCACCGAAAAGAUGAAAGCAUCAAACUUUCCGGCUUCCAUUUUGAGGAUUGGGAGUUGGGAGUAUGUGUCGAGGUAUGAAGGUGAUUUAGUAGCCAAGUGCUACUUCGCAAAGCGAAAACUUGUAUGGGAGAUUCUCGAAGGAGGUCUUAAGAGCAAGAUUGAGAUCCAGUGGUCAGAUAUCACAGCUCUCAAAGCAAAUUGCCCAGAAGAUGGACCUGGGACUUUGGAUGUAGUGUCGGCUAGGCAGCCUCUUUUCUUUAGAGAGACCAAUCCACAGCCUAGGAAGCACACAUUGUGGCAAGCGACUUCAGAUUUCACUGAUGGGCAAGCAAGCAUUCACAGGAAGCAUUUUCUACAAUGCCCGCAAGGUUUGCUAAGCAAGCAUUUAGAGAAGCUUAUCCAAUACGAUCCACGGCUAUAUGCGCUAAGUCAAGAACCAGAAAUUCAGGAAAGCCGAUUCUUUGAACCAAGGUGUUAUCCAUUUGAUAAUCUCAAAGAUUCAUAUGGAUCUUCAGUUCAAGAGUUUCAAGAUUCUGCAUCGGCUUGUGCCGGAAGAUCAACUUCUGCUAAUGGCGGCACAUCGGUUGAUGUUUCUGUAGCGGAAAUCCACCCACCAAGCUCAGUUCUUGAACCUCCAGUAUCAAAAGGAAACGGUGCUGUUGGAACCGAAGAGACUAAGAAUCAGAGCUGCUGGGAUCAUCUGACAGUUCCUGGACUCAAGCCUUCAAUAUCGAUCAAUGACUUUAUCAAUCAACUAGGAUAUUGCAUAUCUGAUCAGUUCGCAUCAAGGAAUCCACAGUCUUCCAGCACGGUUAUUCGUGACCAAGAAAUAUUGGAGUUGGUUGAAUCUCUUUUUACUGAUUCCCAGAUGCCUGCUUCCGAUGAAAGAUCGAUCAUGUCGAAGGUGAAUUCCUUUUGCUGUCUGCUCCAGGACGCUGGCAUGGUACAAAGCCAGCAGAUGAACUGGGGUGGAACUUCGACAACCGGUAAUGGCUUCGAUCCUGAAGAAGAGUCCAACAAGGCUUCGGGUCGUAGGACAGCGGCAAACAUCUCAAGAAAGGACUCCUUUGGGGAGCUACUGAUGCAUCUUCCUCGCAUCGCAUCACUGCCUCAGUUCUUGUUCGAUAUCGCAGAAGAUGGUGAAGAUAUCGGUUCACAAAAAUAAUCCAGAGUUCUCAUUAAGAAUUUGUAUCCCUCCUCUAUUAAUGUAUAGAGUAGCAAUCUAGUCAUGCAUCAGGUUAUCAUAUAUUGAUGAUAGAAUGAAGUGCCAUCGAUGUAGCUGGAAAAUGUAGUUGAUGAUAUUGGUUCUGAUGAAAUAUUUUAUACAUGUUGUUCUC